CUUACUUCCUGGUACUCGGGUGGGGGAAACAUCGAUACAGCUUUGACAUUACAUGUAACCAAUAACGCACAGGAUCUCACCUAAGGAAUCGAUGGCCUUCAGAAAGGUGGUGAAGGGGACCCUUAUAGGGGGCGGUGCGGUAGCGGCUGUCUUUGGCGCGUCACAGCUGUUGGAGUACAGAAAGAAUCAGAGUCGGCUGGCGUACGUGGAGGCCCAGGGGGAGCUGAAGGUGCCGUACCAGGACGGCCUCCCCACGCGGCAGGAGCAGCUCGACAGGCUCCGCGACACUCCCGAGUUCGACGUCUUGGUGGUGGGCGGGGGGGCCACCGGGGCGGGCUGUGCCUUAGAUGCCAUCACACGCAAUCUGAAGACGGCGAUGGUGGAGAGGUGUGAUUUCUCGUCGGGCACGAGCAGCAGGAGCACUAAGCUGAUCCAUGGCGGCGUGCGCUAUCUGCAGAAAGCCAUCAUGAAUUUAGAUUAUGAGCAGUACAUGAUGGUCAAAGAGGCCCUGGAGGAGAGGUCGAAUCUGCUGGACAUCGCCCCUCACCUGUCAGCUCCGCUACCCAUCAUGCUCCCUGUUUACAAGUGGUGGCAGCUGCCGUACUACUGGGCUGGGAUUAAGAUGUAUGAUGUGGUGGCUGGCUCCAAGUGCCUGAAGAGCAGCUAUGUCCUGAGCAAGAGCAAAGCUCUGGAGCACUUCCCCAUGCUGAAGAAGGACAAGCUGGUCGGGGCCAUCGUCUACUACGAUGGUCAGCACAAUGACGCACGUAUGAACCUGGCCAUCGCCCUGUCCGCUGCCAGGCACGGGGCAGCCAUCGCCAACUACACCGAGGUGCUGCGGCUCCUCAAGAGCACAGACGCACAGACGGGCAAAGAGAAAGUGUGUGGAGCCCGCUGCAGAGACAUCGUUACAGGCCAAGAGUUUGAUGUGAGGGCCAAGUGUGUCAUCAACGCCACCGGCCCCUUCACAGACUCGCUGCGGAAGAUGGACAACCAGGAAACGCCCAACAUCUGCCAGCCCAGCGCCGGCGUCCACAUAGUCAUCCCCGGCUACUACAGCCCAGACAACAUGGGGCUGCUGGACCCAGCCACCAGCGACGGACGGGUCAUCUUCUUCCUGCCCUGGGAGAAGAUGACCAUCGCCGGGACAACCGACACCCCCACUAACGUCACCGCCCACCCCAUCCCCAGGGAGGAAGACAUCAACUUCAUCCUGAACGAGGUCCGCAACUACCUCAGUGCCGACGUGGAAGUGAGGAGGGGGGAUGUCUUAGCAGCCUGGAGUGGUAUCAGACCGCUGGUCACAGACCCCAACUCCAAGGAUACCCAGUCGAUCUGCCGCAACCACAUUGUCAACAUCAGUGACAGUGGACUGGUCACCAUCGCUGGUGGCAAGUGGACUACCUACCGCUCCAUGGCGGAGGAGACGUUGGACGCUGCCGUGAAGGCGCUGGGUUUAACGGCCGGCCCCAGCAGGACCAUGGGCCUGACCCUGGAGGGGGGCAAGGACUGGACCCCCACCCUCUACAUCCGCCUGGUGCAGGACUAUGGCCUGGAGAACGAGGUGGCACAGCACCUGGCAGCGACGUACGGAGGCAAGUCUUUCGAUGUGGCCAAGAUGGCGCAGGUGACCGGGAAGAGGUGGCCCAUCGUCGGGAAGCGCCUGGUCUCCGAGUUCCCCUACAUCGAGAGUGAGGUUCUGUACGCCAUCAAGGAGUACGCGUGCACGGCCAUCGACGUGAUCGCCCGACGCACUCGCCUGGGCUUCCUCAACGUGCAGGCGGCUGACGAGGCGCUGCCCCGCAUCGUGGAGAUCAUGGCCAAGGAGCUGGGCUGGAGCGAGCAGAAGAGUCAGGAGGAGAUGGAGGCAGCCAAGAAGUUCCUGCAUCAUGAGAUGGGCUACAAGUCCCGCUCAGAACAGCUGACCAAGACCUCCGAGAUAUGCCUCAACGAGCAGGAGGUCAACAGGUAUAAGAAGCGCUUCCACCGCUUUGAUAAGGAGAGCAAAGGCUUCAUCACCAUAGUGGAUGUGCAGCAGGUCUUGGAGAAACUCAGCAUGCGGAUUGAUGAGGAUGCCCUCCACGAGAUCCUCAACGAGGUGGACUUGAACAAGAACGGACAGGUGGAGCUUGACGAGUUCAUGCAGCUCAUGAGUGCAGUGAAGAAGGGUCAGGUGUCCGACAGCCGAUUGGCCAUCCUGAUGAAGACGGCCGAGGAAGGGCUGGACCAGAGAGGCCCCGUGUCCGUCGACCGCAGUGGGGGCGGGGUCUAAGGCUGAUGCUUUGACCUCUGACCCCCAAAGCCCCGCCCCCUUGACCCUCAGUCUCAGACAGAGGGGGUAAAUUUCAGAUUCAGAGAGUAAACGCACUGUGUAUUUACUGAUAAGCACAGUGGCUCACCCAGGAAGUAGACGUCACAUGACGUGCCGAUAAAAUAUAUGAGGUAUAAUAAUUUCUUACUCUCUGAACUUAGACCACUCCUUUGAUAUCUGACUAGUGAUUGGCCAGCUGCCUUUAUCUACAGUCUGUAAUAGGACCAGACUUUGGGUCCAUCUCAGUAACCAAUGAUCUCAUCCAACCAAUUAUCUGCCUUCUCAUUUUCUCAUUUUCAUACAUUCCUGUUUUUGUAUGCACACGCCUAUGACACUGAUGCAAUGUCAAGUCAAACACACUGAUUGUGAAUCUAUUUAGAUCUCAUAAGAUACGCUUGUGUUUCUAUUUUGUAUUUCUCAGUAAUUUAUCAAACGCUUCAUUUAUGCAAUUUACACAGUUUUUUUUUUUUUUGUACGGGAUGUGUUUUGUUAUUAUGAUUUUAAUCACAGGGGAUCUGUGAUGAAGGGCUAAGGGGUUUGCCCGUUCUGUCAUCAGCAUGAUUAACGUGUUGCAGUGCUUUUUUUGGGCUUUUUUCAAAACGAGCAUAGAAACCUGACAAGGACACACGCAACCCCCCCACCCUCUCACGUUCUGGUUGUUUUAUUCGGAAAACUAGAAACAUUUCUAGAUGACACGAUAGACCUGAGAAUAGUGAGCCCUUCUGUGAGAGACUUUCUGUUGUGUUUCUCAUUUGUUGUCGCCGUUGUCUGGGACGAGCCACUGUGCCAUGUGCUUCAGUCGUUUUGAAUGAAGCCGUUUGUAUGCUUCCCCUGCCGAUGAGUCAGUCCCACCGCUGCUUUCUGUACUGUACUUCUCUCUGCUGUGCCAUUUUAUAAGCAAUGCGGUAUGUUAGGAAAACACUUUGUUCAGAGAAAGGCGGCUCUGUUGUGGCCAUGGUGUGGUUUACAGCGCUUGAAAGCCCAAGUUAAAGGGGAACUUCCCUUUUUGUUCGAAAAGUGUCAGGAAAGUUUAUUGGCUAUGAACAUCAUUACCAUUGUUUUCUCGGUGAAGUGUUUGUGAUCAUCUGCGCACCCCAUUAAAGGACGAAAUUUGUUGGGGAGGGAAAUAUCAAAGCAACGUUUUUGAAAAGUUGUUUUUGGAAAGUUGCAAUAGGAAAUCAAGCAUAUUUUUAGAAACCUAAGAUAAAAAAUGGGACUGUGGUUUUAGACUAUUUUAAGGUUAUUUGCCACUUUGUUGAUGGCAAGAAUAUGGAUUGCUUUUAGAUUUGUGAGUGUACUGAGGAACUUGAUGCACUUUAAGCUCCAAGUCUCUUAAAGGGAUAUUCCGCCAUUUGUGGAAAUACGCUCAUUUUCCA